AUGUACGCAGUCCCUGACACCAACAGCAUUGCACGCAGCCUAAGCGAGCAGUACCUGGCGCACGAAAGCACCGCGUAUACUCCUAGCCCAGUGCGAACGAUCGAAAUCGGCGCCCUGGCAACCGCCUGCUGCCAGUGGGCGGGUACCAGCUCGUCUCUCUCGCCAGAUGAGCGGCUCGGCACCAGCUCGUCCCUCUCCCGCGGCUCGGCCACGGAUGAGCAGCUCGGCACCAGCUCACCCCUCUCGCGCCGGUCGGCGACGGGCUUCGAUCGCGUCUGGUCCUCCACGGACUCCGUCCUCCCCGCACCGGAAUCGCACCAUGGCCAAGAGCCGCUCACUCCCAGAUUUUCGUCGGAAUAA